GUGUUUCCAUCUGCCAGAGGUUUGAUGUGGCUGCCCGGCGAGUCCCGGGAAAGGUGGCAGCGCGCGCCGGGGGCUCUCUAGUUCUUCUCCUGCCGGUAUAGAUCAGCCUGGAGAUCUCUGCAGAAAUGGCCCUGUUGAAAUGCGGCUGGCUCUGGAGACAGAGCUCCAUCCUGAGACGCUGGAAAAGGAACUGGUUCGUCUUGUGGGUCGACGGCACCCUCGUCUACUACCACGACGACACCGGCCGCGACAUGGACGGCCGGAUCAACAUCAAGUUCAACUGCAGGGACGUCCGGACGGGCCGCGAGUGCCGCGAUAUCCCGCCUCCUGAAGGGAGGACCCGCGAGUGUCUGAUGUGCAUCGUGCAAAGAGACGGCUCCAAAACGAUGCUGUGUGCCGAAAGCGAGGACGAUGCUGUAGCUUGGAAGAUAGCGAUUCUGGAGGCCAAAGCUACUCAGGUGCACCUGUACGACCCGUACGAUGACUAUUACCAGACCGUUCCCCUCGACUCCCACCAGGCGAUGUACGUCAGCUCCGAUUACUACGGCACCCAGUACGGAGCACCCGGAACGACCCACGUCAUUUUCCGCGAGGAUCCGUACCGCGUCUCCGGAGACCAGAUGGCUUUGGGUCUGCUGGCGGGGGCUGCCUCGGGGGCGGCACUGGGCUCGUUCAUGUGGAUGCCCUGUUGGUUCUGAGCCCCCCUCUUCUGCAGACCCAGCCCAGAUGCUCAGCUAAGAUGCCGCUGCAAUUCCCCCUGGAGAGGG